GCUGUACAUAUGUAUACUCUAACUUCGCCGUAAGCACUGUUAUUACUGGGGGUAUAUAUCUGUGUGUAUAUACAUACUGAUUUACCUACAGACUCGGGAGGGACACCCACACCCACACAUUCUCAUACAUAUACACCGUGCUGUUGUUUACAUGUACGUGUGUACAUUUCCGGAUGGUGAGAAAUAGAUUGCAUUAUUUUGAUGUGAUGCAUACCAUUAACGCUGGUACCUGGGAACACUCGGAUUUAUUCCAACAGUUGUGUUAUGUUUGAAACGCUUUGGAUUCUACGUCUUUUCAAGUAGUAUUACACCACGUAGAGGGUGGUGAUCGUCUGAUGGUGGAGCUAUAAGUGACUGGUAUCGGGCAGGUCUCACGUGCGCACGCGGAUCGAAGCCUUGUAUCGAUCUUUGGCCUCCCCUGUGUCACACUAUACCCCGGCGCACGCUGUUGUCAGCACUCGACAUCAAUAUUCAUGAAAAUCGCUUUUCAGUUACGGAAAAGGGUGAUUGGAGAAGAACUGAACAAUACGCGUGUAACCUCAGCCACUGAAGCCGUUUCAGAAGGUGUACAGUAAUGAUGUGUUCCGUUGUCAAUGGAUCGGUGUUGCUUGCCACGCCGGUGCUUGUUCAGGAAAGCUUGAAAACCAAGUAAUAUUACUAUAACAAACCCUGUUCAACCAACCAAGGGCACAUUCGCUAUUUGCAUGCAAAUAGGCUUUCCAUCAGAUGACACAGGUAUAUAUCGUGUAUGUUGCUUUAAGCUAUAGCAACGACAUUCGGAACUCGGCGGUUCUAUCGCCAAGAUGCUUGUAAAAUGUACAUGAAGCGCCCAUCGGCACCUCCAGAUUAACCAUGGUGACAGUCUUCUAAGCUACUUGGAGGAAUUUAUUUGUGUACUUUCUCGGAAUAUUGUGUUUGAGAUAUAAAUAUUUAUUUUGUGUUCAUUUAUAUAUGAUAUUUCUGUAUGUGUCGCAGUGUUAUUUGGAUUAAAACUUGACCACUACUAUGUCGGGGAAUAAUACCACUUUGUCCAUUGUCCAGUGCUCGGACGAAAGGCGCUGGUAUACUUUCUUAGCAUCCAGCCUCAUCACUUUUGGAUUUGGGUUAUACAUAAUUCUCUGUUACAGAGUCUUAUUAAUCUUUUUCUGUCGAAGACGGAAAAAUGGCGGUGUGGCCAAAGUUUCUCAUCAAACUGGGCCCGUCCCCAUCCCCGGGGGAAAAAACGUGCCGGGUUUUAUGAAAACCCCAGACCCAGAAAUUGGAUGGAUGACAGAAGCGAAAGAUUGGGCAGGAGAGCUGAUCUCAGGACAAACGACGACAGGCAGAAUACUGGUUGGACUGGUGUUCAUGCUAAGCAUAGCAUCCCUGAUCAUCUACUUCAUCGAUGCGUCCGAACAAGAAGUGGAAACAUGCGAACCUUGGGCUAAAAGUCCUCGACAGCAAGUUGAUCUCGCCUUCAACGUAUUUUUCCUUAUUUAUUUCUUUAUAAGGUUUGUGGCAGCCAAUGACAAGCUAUGGUUUUGGUUGGAGCUCUUCUCCUUUGUGGAUUACUUCACUAUCCCCCCAUCCUUUGUUGCUAUCUACCUGGACCGUAGCUGGCUCGGUUUAAGAUUUCUGAGAGCAUUACGACUGAUGUCCAUACCUGAUAUCCUUACCUACCUAAAUAUCUUGACCACUAGUACCAGGAUACGUUUGUCACAACUUGUUGCCUUCUUCAUCAGCGUUUGGCUGGCAUCCGCUGGAUUUCUACAUCUGAUUGAGAAUUCCGGUGAUCCUCCAGAUUUUUCCAACCCACAAAAGCUGACCUAUUGGGAAUGUCUGUACUUUCUACUUGUCACGAUGUCCACCGUGGGAUAUGGAGAUAUCUACGCUACAACAACACUUGGCAGGAUCUUCAUUGUCCUGUAUAUCAUGAUAAGUAUUGGUAUGUUUGCCAGCUUCAUUCCGGAAAUUGCCGAAAUCAUCAGUCAGCAACAGAAGUAUGGUGGAGCAUACAAAAAGGAACGAGGCAAAAAACAUAUUGUAGUUUGUGGUCAUAUCACAUUUGACUCCGUGUCAAAUUUUCUCAAAGAUUUCUUGCACAAAGAUAGGGAGGAUGUCGACGUGGAGAUAGUGUUUAUCCACAAGUACCUGCCAGACCUGGAGUUGGAGGGAUUAUUCAAACGCCACUUCACGCAGGUCGAGUUUUUCCAAGGCUCUGUGAUGGACGCUAAUGACCUAGAUCGAGUUAAGGUUGUAUCAGCCGACGCCUGUCUUGUGCUCGCCAAUAAGUACUGCCAGGACCCAGACCAGGAAGACGCAGCCAACAUUAUGCGUGUCAUCUCUAUCAAAAAUUUUCACGCAGAAAUUAAAGUCAUUGUACAGCUCAUGCAAUACCACAACAAAGCGUACCUUUUGAACAUCCCGAGCUGGGACUGGAAACGAGGGGACGACGCUGUCUGUAUAGCAGAGCUAAAACUUGGAUUUAUUGCUCAAAGCUGUCUGGCUCCGGGUUUCUCCACCUUGAUGGCUAACCUUUUUACUAUGAGAUCCUACAAAACAUCACCUGACAUGGCUAAAUGGCAAAACGACUACAUGCGUGGCACCGCUAUGGAGAUGUAUACGGAGUACCUAUCCGGUUCCUUCAAUGGAAUGACGUUUCCUGAGGCAGCACAGCUGUGUUUCUCCAAACUUAAGUUACUCCUACUCGCUAUCGAGGUUCGACAGGAAGAUGGAAGGGAGAGUACUCUAGCCAUAAAUCCUGGUCAGAAAAUAAAAAUUGAAAAUGCAACCCAAGGCUUUUUCAUCGCAGAGUCGGCGGAGGAAGUGAAGAGGGCAUUUUACUACUGUAAAACGUGUCACAUUACAACAACAGAUGUAAGGGCAAUCAAAAAGUGUCGCUGCAAACCAUUGGCAAUGUUUAAAAAGGGAGCUACGGCUGUAAUAGCCGCUAACCCAAUGCUUACACAGAAGGAACGUAAAAUGUCGGGAAGUGCGUUGAAGAACAAACUAGGUGAAGGAGGGGGUUCGGCUGCAGGAGGAGGAGGAGGAGGAGUUGGCGGAGGCGCAGGGGGAGGUGGAGAUAAAGGCGGCGGAGGUGUUGCUUCAGUUGCUGCUGGAGGAGAGAAGCUAUCUACAAAAAGCGCCUCCAUAAAAGGGCCAAGACUUGCUAUGCCUCAAAGCCCAAGUAAAGCUACGCUCCCACCACUUGAAAACAGCAGCGGUAAAGAUUCUAUUUGGCCGAAGGAUGCUGGUCCAAGCGAGGAACCGCGCAAGUUUGACUCUACAGGAAUGUUUCACUGGUGCCAAGCGCGACCCUUGGAAGAUGCCCUGAUGGACCGAGACAAGGCCUCUGUGACAGUAUUGUGUAAUCACGUGGUAGUUUGCCUGUUCGCGGACGCCAAUUCCCCACUUAUUGGAAUGAGGAACCUGGUGAUGCCACUUCGGGCCAGUAACUUUCAUUAUGCAGAGCUCAAACAUGUUGUGAUAGUAGGCAAUCUAGACUACCUUAGGAGGGAGUGGAAAACUCUACAGAAUUUCCCAAAGCUGACCGUUCUACCUGGGUCUCCUUUGAACCGUGCAAAUCUACGGGCUGUGAACGUGAACCUCUGUGAUAUGUGUGUGAUUGUCUCCGCCAAGGAUAAGAACCUUGACGACCCUCACCUUGUUGACAAAGAGUCCAUUUUAUGUUCACUUAACAUCAAAGCCAUGACAUUUGACGAUAGCAUAGGACUAUUGCAGGCCUCCGCUCAGCCAGGUGCAGGCUUCCUUCCUCCUGGCUUCUCGCCAAUGGGUAGUCCGGCUAAGAUGGCUCGACGAGGAUCCGUAUGUGGUUCCAACGUACCGCUUAUCACUGAACUAGCGAACGACUCCAAUGUGCAGUUCCUCGACCAGGACGACGAAGACGACCCGGAUACCGAGUUGUACAUGACACAGCCAUUCGCCUGUGGCACGGCAUUUGCAGUCAGUGUACUCGAUUCUCUAAUGAGUACGAGUUACUUCAAUGACAAUGCCUUGACGCUGAUCCGGACGCUUAUCACAGGUGGCGCCACGCCCGAGCUGGAACAGAUCCUUGCGGAAGGAGCAGGAAUGAGGGGAGGCUACUGUACUCCAAAUGUUCUGUCUAAUCGCGAUCGAUGCCGGGUCGCCCAGGUUUCCCUGUUCGAUGGACCCCUAGCUGCAUAUGGAGAUGAAGGUCACUAUGGCGACCUGUUCGUGAAUGCGUUACGUAAUCAUGGAAUAUUAUGUAUAGGUCUGUAUCGCUUUCGUGAUACCAGUGAUAGUCAAUCUAGCCCUUCAUCAAAGCGCUACGUGAUCACCAACCCUGCGGAAGACUUCGCCCUUCUCCCAACAGAUCAGGUUUUUUGUCUUGUGCCAUGCACUCUCUCACAAAGUUCCAAUUCCUCAUCAACUCGGAAUGAGAAAAGCAUUCUGCCUAAUGCCUUUCAAUCAAUCAGUUCCCGGAAAAAUACCAAGACCGACAUCAAACAAGAACCGUGUACAUAACACAGAAGUGGAACAGAUUCAAUAAUCCACUCGCAUCAUUCGGAACUGCUUGGGAGUCGUAAAGUGCCGAGUAUUUCAUAUGAACAGCGAUCAAAAGGAACGUUUGCUUCUCAUCCUCAGUUUUAUUGAAGCCGGAAGAUAAAUCUGAAAGGCGAUCGUGAUAUAUACAUUCAUGAAAAAAGACGGAAGUAUCUUUGCGCAUGCGUCCAUAAUGAAUAAAGGUUGAAGAGAAAUGUUUAUGUAGAGUAAACGCAAAUCUUGGGUCAGUACAAGAAAAUAAAGGUGUAAUGUUGACUGUUUGAGUGUACCAAAGAGAAGAUUAUUCAACCCAUCGAAUUGUUCAAUUUAUUGUAAUACUCAGUCGCAAUGCUUCAGUUUCAAGCGUUUUGGUGAUAAUGAUUAAUUUACGCUUAAAAAUUCUUUAUCAUGACGUGCAAUAAGUAAUCAUUCGUUCUUAGAAGUGGAACCAUGCUUUCAAGAAUUUUUGCAUUUUGUCGUUUUGUUAAAGUUGUGUGUAUAAAAUGUGUUGUUAGAAAAGUGUUUGUCUCGGAGAAAAAUUCCUCGCACGUCUCACCGAAUCUGAUUUUUACUUUCCGAAGCACACAACAUAUAUAUUUCAUAUUUUCUUAAAUAUAAAACAAUAGUGUCAAAUAGGCGGAAUGGUGAUACUAAUUUUUAGUAUGAUAAACAUAUGAUAAUAUUUUACUAGCAUUGCUUUACUUUAGAUGUACUCUUUUAUAUAUGAAUAAAAAAUGAAUCAGUUUUAGGCAGUAUUUCUAUUGAUGUAAUACAUGUAUACUUAAAAAUGACAUUUUGCAACAAAGUUUCAAAAUAUUUGAUAAUUUGUAAACUGAUAAACAAUGACAUUGUAUACCAGUCCAAUACCUUAUGACCACCCUACAAUGAUAUUUUAAAUUAAAACGGAUCAGAGAGUGAAAUAUAUGUAUAUAUAUAUCGCACUUGUUAUGCGGGUAUUUUGAAUUUUUCUUUUGCUCGAAUAAAAAAAGUAUUGAAAUUGACGUUAAAUAUCUCUGUGAUACCAAUUAGUGCUAGACAUACUAACUUAUAUUUUAGAUGAAGUUUAUUUUCUCUGUAAAAAAACUUGAUAAAUAGUAAGUGUUGUUUUUGGUAAUUCUGAAUUCAUCAUAUACAUGCUCAUGUAUACGAUAAAUUGUUUCUGCAGAUUCAAUUUUUGCGACUUCUUUACAUUUUUUUUUUUUUUUUUGUAACAUCGAGAAAGAAAACCGCACAUAUGAUUGACUUGAAUUGCAGUUAAAAUAUCGUUUCUUUUUAUAAUGUUUUCUGCUCAUUAGUUCGCUUGUUUUUGAAAAACAAAUUUCCUGCUUCUUCAUAAUGUAUUUGUUAUUAUUUACGGAACACUUGACAACAUAAGUAAUAGUAAUAAAGGCACCAUUUAUAUAUUGUGUAGAUUUUGAUCAUUUACCCUGUGAAGAGAAAUGAAAGAUAUGUUUGAUGACGUAAAACCAUUGAUGGCGGCAGUAUUAAUAUGACGAUGUUCUUUAUAACGUUAUUUCUAGGUUUAACUAUUAUGCACACACAACACACAGUACGUGCUAUGUCUGAAUGUAUCGCUCUUCAUUAUGUCAAAGUUGUGAUCGCCAUUUUUUUUUUCUCCAAAUUAUUCAUUUCAUGGUUGUUUGGUCAUGUGUUCAUACCAUCCAAUGGGAACUCAGAGGAUGAAUUCUGAUUGUGGAUUUGCUUUCCACAAAAAGGUCAGAGGUCAUAUGCAAAUGUAUUAUCGUGUAUUUAAUGGCGCAGUCGUAUGUCUUGUAUAAUAAAACGUAAAUUGUUUCUGAGAUAUUAUUAUAGGAAUAUAUUCAUAUUGAAUAAUAUUUCUGUUUCAAAAUGGCAAUACACAAAUUAUGUAUUUUACUGAAUGUUCGUUUGUUGUAAGAAGCUUUGGCAUAAAACCAAUUUAGAAACAUUUUUCAGAAUAAAAUAUGUUCAUUUCUUUUAGAUUUUCGAUGAAAGAUUGUAUUGAUAGGGUCUGUAAUUUUUUUUGGAGAAUUAAUCCUGUAAAGUACCAUACAUAUAAUUAUUUUGGGGAAGUUAUUCUGCAAUGUUCUAUACGUGUUACAAUUAUUUUUCAUACGAGUUUGGUGAUUAAUGAAUUAUGUAUAUUGUACCAAUAUUACUGACAUAUGUGUUGUUGGUAUUGUAAAUAUCCUCGACUCUGUUGUGCAAAACUCCGCUGGCUAUUUGGUCUCAAGACUAUCAUGUCAUUCCUGAAAUGUUGAUAAACUUGUUUCUACAUUUUCAUUGAGAAUUUGGUGUAUUGUUCCAUUACCUAAGGAACUAUCCCAUGGACAGAGUCGUAAUUUAAUCUAGUAUCAACAAAUCUUUAGCAUUAUUCUUUUUUAUACAGCGAACAAAAUAUUAAUCUUCAUUGAUUUAUCAAACCUGUGACGGGUUUUAAUAAAAUUUUGCUUUUACUUAUCUGUAUUAAAUAUGUGUAAUCCUUUUAUCCUUAUAUAAAUUUAAUUAAUUUUUCGCAUGCCUAGCUGUACCAAUGGGUACCAUCCGGCAAGGACGUAAUUCUGUGAGAGACCGGCGUCUCUCGCGUAGGAGACAGUACUGUACCUAAGCAGUUGAAGUUCUGUACAACACGGAUCGUAACCUUGAAUAAUUGUACUGUGAUCAUAUCUGUGAUAUUUUUGCCCCAUGGUUUACAUUUAUUUUUCUAAACUAAAAUGUUUUAUUAUGAUAUAUCUAAGGUCAUGAUAUAUAAAUAUUGUACAAAGUUGUUGACGUUCUGUUUUUUAAAAUGAUAAGUAUUUAUAAAUCAAUCUAAAUAUUUCCCCGUUUAUCACAAAUGAGCAUGUCACUGACGAAUCAAUGAUCAGGCGCUCGGUCUGUUCUUUUAUUCUGUAUAUUACAUGUAUAUGCUGAAACUAAUAUUGUCUUCGUGUAAUUAUUGACAUUCCCAUCCUAAGUAGAGAGCUAGGACUAUGUCUGAAAAUCUGUAAUUACCCCUAAUCAAUUUCUUUUUUUUUUCUUUCUUUUUAAAAAAAAUGUAUUAUGACGUCACCAAACGUCAGCAACUAUUUAUGUAUAUGACAGAUAUAAAUUAUAGAGGUAUUAGUGUUUUGGACACAAAAUCCGUAAUGUUUUGAUUUCAUUAAAUGUUACAAUACCUAUUUCUGGGAAUACUCGGAAAGCGAGGCUAUUUGUGCUCUUGCCUAUAUAGCAAAAGCCAAGCUUCAGUUUGAACAUUUCCUUGUGCUAUUUUUCAAAGUAUAUCAUUUUAUUCUUUAACAUUACCUGUUGAAUUACAAACAUACUAGCUUCAUUUCUUAUUUUUCUGUGCAUUUUUUUUUAUUUCAUAAAUGCAGCCUAAAUGAUAAAAAAUAGUGUUUUGUAAUAUGUUUGAUAUUAACAAAAGAGCUUAUAGAAGAAAAUUAUUUGCAAAUACUCAAAUUUUGUCUUAUAAAUAUCAUUUGCAAACGUUUGACAUAAAAUACUGGUGUUCAUGAGUGAAAAUUUUAUCGAUUCAUCUAGUCAAUUCCAUGUAUAACAAAAUACAUAUGUAAUUAUAAAUCACAGUAAGCAGAAACUCAAAUUUGACAUUGAGCGUCUCAUAUUCUUAUAAAGGGAGAUAACUCUGUCAUUUUGAGCACAUUUUUUCUGGUAGAUAAUCGAUUUGAUUCUUAUUUUCCAUUUUUCUUUGUGAUUGUCGUUAAUAUAUUAUUUCUACGUCUAUUUCAUGGGUAAUGUUGCAAGCUGAACUUGAUACUUACACCAUAGUGUCUAGACGUUGCCGCUCAUUCGAUGGAUUUUUUUUUCUCAAUGGGGAUAGAAGUUAUAUAAACACCUACAUGUACUAAUGUAUUUUUAAUAUUUGCAAUUCACGAGCUAUGUGUAACCGUUCGUAUUUCUAAAAUAAAAUGAUACUUUUAUACUUA